CCGAAUUCACUUGCACUAUUUCGCCGGCUAAUUCCGCUUCCAAAAUGGUGUCCGAUUUCAGAAAGAAGAAGUACAUGCAUGUUUUCAACAAAUUCUUUGACACCAACAAGGAUGGGACUGUUGACAAGAAGGACUUCAGUGAGGCCAAUGCUAACCUAGCCAAGCUGCGUGGAUACGCUCCUGGUGACGUCACUUAUGAGCUGAUGAAGGAGCUCUUGACGAACCUGUGGGACGGUCUGGUGAAACAAGCGGAUACGGACGGAGACGGCGUGAUCAACGCGGAAGAAUGGGUGAAGCUUUGGGACGAAUACGCCAAGAACCCUUCCGCGGCCGCAGAGUGGCAGCAGCUGUACUGCAAGUGCGUCUUCCAACUCGAAGAUGCCUCCAAUGACGGCGCUAUUGACGCUAACGAGUACGCCAAUGUCUACGAGUCUUUCGGCCUGGACAAGAACCAGUCCCUGGAGGCUUUCAAGAAGAUGGCCAAGGGCAAAGACACGAUUAACUGGGAGGAAUUCCAGGAGCUAUGGAAGCAGUAUUUCGCCAGCGACAACCCUGAUGACGCUGGCAACUUCAUCUUCGGUAUUAUCUAAGUUAGAUUUGUAAGUGUUAUUUGUUUUUUUUUUGAUGAAUUAAAUUAUCUUUUUUAAUCA